UCAACGGUGUACUGUUUGAGAGGAUGUAGCAAGACCAGCAGCAGCCCUGCAGUCCAGGCACGGCCAUGUAAUCCAUGAGUGGUCGGCAUCACGGGACACACACCUUCCACAGGAGGUGGGAGGAAGGAGGACUCGCAAUCUGCCUCUCAGCCUGGCACACUCUGCCUAUUCGUCAAGCCCAGCAGCACACUUGUGCAGCAAAAUCUGGAAUCGGAAGGACACUGAGGGGAAAACCGUUCCAUUCCAAGAUGCGUCACGAGUAAUGGCUAGCUGCAAGACAGUCUCCGGGAAGAGGGUGACAUCACUGAACUUGGUGACUGGCUUCUUUCAGUAUCUGCACGACGAGCAGGAGGCUGUCCAAAAGAGAACGUUCACCAAAUGGAUCAAUAGUCACUUGGCCAAGCGUAACCCUCCGAUUAUAGUUAAUGAUCUCUUUGAAGAUAUCAAGGAUGGAGUGAUGUUACUCGCUUUGUUGGAGGUUCUAUCUGGACAGAAACUGCCCGUUGAACAAGGUCGAAAGUUAAAACGCAUUCACUGGGUGAACAACAUUGGAAGAGCUCUGCAGUUUCUGGAGGGCAGGCGGUCCAUGAACAGAGGAUCACCGAUUAAACUGGUCAACAUCAAUUCUACAGAUAUCGUUGAUGGAAGACCGUCCAUUGUCCUUGGUUUGAUUUGGACCAUCAUUUUAUACUUCCAGAUCGAAGAACUUACCUGUAACCUGUCACUGCUCUCGUCGCUGUCCAGCAGUGCCUCGUCUGUGGAGAGUGUGGCCAACUCUGAGACUGGGAGCCCCCCGUCCAAGAGAAAGGUUGUCACCAACUUCAAGGGAAAUGCCAAGAAGGCUCUCCUGAAGUGGGUGCACCACACUGCAGGAAAGCGUUUAGGCAUUGAAGUGAAGGAUUUUGGUCCGAGCUGGAGGAGUGGUGUUGCCUUUCAUUCAGUUAUUCACGCCAUCCGUCCCGACUUGACCGACUUGGAAAGGAUCAGGAACCAGUCAAACAGGGAAAACUUGGAAAGUGCUUUCAGCAUCGCUGAAACUCAGCUCGGGAUUCCAAGACUCCUGGACCCUGAAGAUGUUGAUGUUGACAAACCAGAUGAGAAGUCCAUCAUGACCUACGUAGCACAGUUCCUAAAGCAAUAUCCAGACCCACGGGAGGCUGAGCAUGAACCCGCAGAGGAAGAGCGUGAGGGCAAACAGCUGCUGAGAGACUUGAAAGUUUGGCUGGAGCAGUUUGAAAGGGAGCUCACACGGUCUCAAAUGGUGGAAGCUGGGCUGCAGGAGAGUUAUCAGCUGUUUAAAACAUUUCAAGGCCAGUAUGAAAUGAAAAAGAAGCACAUCAAAGCACUAAUUCAGUCUGCGCAGUCGCUGGAACAGGUCACGGUGAAACAAUUAUGGGACAGAGUGACUGUCAGACUAAUGGAUUGGCACAUCGUGUUGGAUAAAUCACUUCCUGGACCCCUGGGUGCCAUCGGAGCCUGGCUGCACAGAGUGGAGGCUAUUCUCGGAGAGGAAAUCAUAAUCCAGCAGGCACAUGACGAAACAGCCAACAUCAUCCACAGGAAGCUGGAGCAACACAAGGAUGUUAUAAAAGCUUUAGAGAGUCAUCAACAAAUAUUCCACCAGAUCUACAGGGCAGGAUCUGUGAAUGGUAUUCCCAUCCAAACUGAUCAGCUGCAAGACAUGGCAGAACGCUUUAGUUUCAUUACAUCUGCAUCCAAGCUCCACUUAACAAGACUGGAUUUCCUUGAGUUAAAGUAUCGUCUUCUGGCAUUCCUGGUACUUGCUGAAACCAAACUUAAAUCAUGGAUCAUCAAAUAUGGCAGGAGAGAAUCCGUUCAACUUCUCCUACAAAAUUAUAUUUCAUUUGUUGAGGACAACAAGUUUUUCAGACACUAUGAGGUCACUUUCCAGUCUCUGAAGCAGGCAGCUGAUGCGUACUUGGAAGUUGAGGAUUCAGCUGAAGAGAAAGAGAGUGUCACCAAGUUCUUGACCGACUCAAUGGUACAGUGGCGGAAUCUGUCUGUGGAGGUGCGCAGUGUCAGGAGCAUGCUGGAGGAAGUGAUUACCAACUGGAACAAAUACAGCAGUACAGUAACGGACCUGCAGGCCUGGCUGGAAGAUGCGGAGAAAAUGCUGAAUCAACCAGAGCUUGCAAAGAAGGACUUCUUCCGACACCUCCCACACUGGAUCCAGCAGCACUCCAUCAUGAAUGACGCAGGGAAUUUCCUCAUUGAGACGUGCGAUGAAGCGGUCUCUCGAGAUCUCAAGCAACAGUUGCUCCUGCUGAAUGGACGUUGGAGGGAGCUCUUCGUCAAAGUGAAACACUAUGCACGGGCAGACGAGGUGGACAGACUCAAAAAGGAGUAUCUGGAUGGCGUGUCUACUCUGAAGAAGUUUGUGGACUCGGCAAAUGAGAAACAAGUCUCCCCUGUGGAUGUCUCCUUCGUAAACAUUAAGACUUACAUUCAAGAUAUGGAGGUAAUAAAGCAGAAAGUGCCAAUAAUGGAAGCACAAUAUAAAGUGGUUUCCAAGACAGCCCAACAGUUAACAAAGGACACACCGCAGGAUGAAGUGACGCAAAUGCUUGCCACAAUGUCGACCAUUAAAGAUCAGCUGAUAAAGGUUCGAGAGCGCUGUCAAAGCUUACUCUUGGAAGCUCAGCAGUUGCUCAGUCCCGUAGACGAGCUGGAGAAGCAGAUCACUGCCUUCUACGAGGCAGCGAACAGAGCCAGUCAGAUCACCUCAGCUACUGACGCUGAGGGCCAUUCUGCAGACGUCUUCAAGAUGCAACACCAGGAGCUGGCGAGCUGCCAAGAGGAGUGCAAAAAAGCUGUGUCUAUAGCAGAGUGGAACUUGCAGGCCGUUCAGAAGCUGAUCAACUCCAGUAAGGUGAUGAUGCACCUGGACUCUUCUCUGCUUCAGAAGAAACUCCUUCAGAUUCAAGCUGCAUCCCAGGACAUGGUGGAACAGGGAAUGAAGUGGAGGAAGCAUAUGGAAACCAACAGCAACUUACUGAAGAGAUUUGAAGACUGCAGGAAGGAGCUGGAGAUGGUCCUGCACUCAGCCCAGACAGCCCUGCUGGAAGAGGGGAACCCUGAGCGGCUUCUCACAAGGCACACGGAUUUCUUCAGCCAUUUUGACCAGAGGAUCCUCAAUGCCUUUUUGAAGGCUUGUGAUGAGCUGACUGACAUCCUUCCUGAACAGGAGCAGCAGAAUCUGCAGGAAACAGUCCGAAGCCUGCACAAACAGUGGAAGGACCUUCAGGCUGAAGCUCCCUACCACCUGCUCCAGCUUCAGAUUGAGGCAGCAAGAAAUAAACUGGUGGAAACUGUGGAAGAGUGCAAGUCCGAACUGAGUCGGGAGUGCAAGUUGUUAGCCAGCAUGAGCAGUGAAGAACUCAUUGAACAACACAGGGAAUUUUUUUCGGACAAAGGCAAGUUCGAGUGGUGCAAGAAAAGGGGCAAGGUGAUUGGAGAUCUCUGCCAAAAGCUUCCAGAAACUAAGAAGUAUGAGGCGAUCAGGGCAAAGCAUGAAAUGGACAAAACGACCCUGAGAGAACUGAAAGGACUGAUUGAUGCCACCUAUCAGAAAAUACUGGAUCAACCUGACAAGUGGAGAGAGUUUGAGACAAGGUCUUCCCAACUACUAAACUGGAUUCUGGCAAAGAGAAGGCAGCUAACGGAGAUGAAAUCUGGAACUAAUGAUCCCGAGAAGUAUGGAGAUUUGAAAUCUGCACUGGAGCAAAUUAAGGAAGAGGCCGACAAAGAGGAGCCCAGCCUGUUGUGGUUGCGAAACAGACUUGAUGCACUGAUACCGAACUCCUGUGUGGAUGAAGCAAAAAGAAAAGAAAGUGAACUAUCCAAACUAUCAGCUGAAUUCAAGGAGCUCCUGAAGCAAAUUGCUGAGUCUGACAAAAUGCUGUCCGCUGUUGAUGAGUGUGUUCAGCUCAAAGACCACGUGAAGAGUGCCUUGGAGCAGCUUGCUGACUCGCAGAAGCAGCUGCGGGUUGAGGAGGAGAGGUUGCUAAAUUCAGCAAGCCUGGAGGAAGCCCAGAGACUCCAUCUACAUCAUCAGGAGCAAGUCAAGCAGUGGGUGGCGCAGAGACUCGAUGUACAACAGCUGUUUGCUCGUGGGAAGGAGCUGCGUGGUGCUGCCGACCUGACCGAGUCCAGCCUACAAGAACUGCAAAGCCAGGAGGCUGUCUUCAAUGAAAUGGGGAAAGCAGUGGAGGAUCAGCAGAAGGAACUGAAGGCAACACUCAUCGAGUGGCAGCUCUUUGAGGAAGAGAGGGGGGAAGUGAUGGAAUUUGUGGCUCGUGCUGGAACCAAGGUGGAUUGCAAUCGUCCCUCCAGCAGCCUGGAAAGCCUCAGCUCAGAGCUGGAUCAAAUGAAGGCAAUUUGCAGAGACAGUGAAACUAAGACAGCUCAAGCUGAAAGCCUGUUACACAAAUCUGAAGACAUCAAACUUGGUCCAAAGAGUAAUAGCUCCCUGCAGCAACACACCAGAGAGAUGAGCGAGAAAGCUGGGAAAGUACAGGAAUCCCUAAGGAACUAUGUGAAGCACCUGGAAGAGAUCAAAAGUUUGUGGGAGAAUUUUUUGGCGGAGUUUGAGUCAUUGGGGCACUGGAUGACAGAUGAACAAAAAGAGCUAGAUGCCGUGCAGGAUUUGUCUAUCCCAUUGGAGGAAAAGCUCUCCAAAGUUAAGCAUCUUCUUGACACAGUUCUUGGUAAGUCUAAAGAACUUAAAAGUUUGGAAGAAGAGUCGCAGAAGCUGAGCCAGUUCGUUACCUCAGGCGAGAUUGCACACGUGAAGGCCCGAUUGACGCAACUAACUAGGCAGUGGGAAGAACUCCAUCAAAACACCCUGGAGGUGAAUAGCAAACUGGGGGACCGAGUCUCACUGCAGCAGAAGUAUGAGGAGGACUUCAAAAAGGUCCAACAGAUGCUAAUCGACAUGGAGACAACGUUGAAGGGCAAGAGCAAUAAGUCCUGCUCAGCAUCUGAGGCUAAACAACUGUUACAGGCUCACCUGAAAUUCUAUCAAACCAUUGAUCAGAUGAAAAGUCAAAUGGCGUCACUCUCAACGAGCGCCCGCAAGGUCAGCAACCCAAGCGAAGCUGCUCAGCGACUGAGUACCCUGCAGGAAAAGUUCGAGGAUUUGCAAGUUUGUGUCAAGGAGAUGGAAGAAGAGCUGGAAAACAGGAUGUCUCUCUGGCAGAAAUAUGAAAAGGACCUGUCGAGCUUCGCUUCUUGGCUUGAGAAACAUGAAGCAAUCACAGGAUUGUGGUCACCUUACAUCUCUUCUGACCAAGCCAAACUGCAAAAUGAAGUGCAUACUCUGAAGGACAUGCAGGCUGAAGUGACAUCCCAGGAGUCAGCCCACAGAGGUCUUGUGAUGCAGAGCAAAACUUUAUACCAAGCAACCCCAGAGGAGAACUUGAAGACAAUGAAAGCAAGUUUACAGCAGCUGGACAAGAGGUGGCAGAGUCUCUCACACAGUGUCAAAAAACGGAUUCGCACCUUUGAGGAGGCGAUCGAGAAGCACCAGCGGUUUGACGAGUCGCUGCUAAAAUUUUCCUACUGGGUUGAUCGCUUUCUGAGUGGCCUUCAGUCAACCUCGGAGAUAAAUCCAACGGAUCUGCAGCCUGCUUUAAAUCACUUAAAGGACCAGUCAGGAGCCGUGGAGCAGCAACGUGCUGAGCAGCAGAGCCUGAGGGACCAGGUGGACCAUCUGUGCUCCACCAGUGAGCCACAGGACCAGCGUCUCCACAGUAGGACCGAGGAGUGCUUUCAGCUCUUCCAGGAGGCCAAUGAGGUUGUUGAGCGGAGGAAAGAGGUCCUCAAACAGCUGGCUUCUUUCCUGGAAACCCACAGAGUUGCAGGGAAUGUUCUCCACCGGAUUAUAAAGACCGUUGAGAUGGCAAGUAACUGGGACAGAGUGAAGACAGAGCUGUUGGAAAAGGAAUUGGGUGACGUAACUCCAGACAUCAAACAAUUGGAAUUACAGGCUACAGCCCUUGAUGCACUUACCAGCAAAGCCCAGUGUCACCUGAAGGCCACAGGAUCAGACUCGAGGACCUCCUGUAGGGCGUUGGCAGAAGGACUUGAAGCAGAACUAGAAUCUGCUCAGAAACUCCUGGGAACCAAACAAAGUGAGGCAGAAGCACUUAACUCCCUGUGGAGAUCAUUUAAAGAGCGCAAGGAGCAGUUGCUGAAGAGCAUCGAGGACAUUGAAGAAAGGGCAGACCACGAGGGUUUAAAAGAACUGAAUGUACCAGCUUUGCAACUCAGGUUGAGGCUGUUCAGUCAGCUGGAGGAAGAUCUCAACUCCCAGCAGCAUGAGUUGCACUGGCUGAUGGAUAAAGCUAAACAGCUUGCUGAGAAGGACAAGUCUCUGGCUGCGGAAGCUGAGAAAGAAAUUAACUUGCUGGAAGUGACCUGGAAUGACACCAAAAAGCUGAUCAAUGAUGUUCAGGAUCAAGGCAGUUUACUGGUUGCCCUCAUGAGGGAUUAUCAGAAUUCCAAGUCUGCUCUUCUCAAAGUGAUUGAAAAUUCAGAAGCUGUAGCUGUGAUCAAAUCCAGUCUGCUGGAUCAAGAAGACUUGAGGAGAACAUUGUCCAGGCAUGAAGUGGUGAAGGCUGAGUUACUCGGGAGUCAGGAGCAACUGGAUGGUUUCACAGUGAAAGGCAAACAGCUGUUGGCUGAACUGAAGAGAAUUCAUGGCUGUAACUUGGACCCACUCAAAGAUGAUCUGAACAACAUCUUGGACCAAUGGCUAGAUAUGUCUGAGAGACUGGAUGCCGACAUUGAAAAGCUAAGUUCUGGCCUUGCACUGUGGGAGGAUGUGCUGAACAUUGGAGAUGAGAUAGACACUUGGUCCAAGGGUUGCGUCUCUGAACUAAAUGAAAUGAUCAGCAAUCUGAAUGACAGUCAGAGAAUGGAAAUGAGAUUGCUUGACUUCCAGUCUGAGGUCCAAAGCAAAGGGGAGAAGCUCAAGUGUCUGCACUCUAAAGUCAGCGAGUUAACAAAGGUAACCAAAUGUCAAGAGGUUCCACCUGUACUUCAGGCAGUGGAGGCUGAUUCCCAGAAGAAGUUGGAUCAUGCGCAGGAAGUGUCUGAGGUGGCGAGAGAGACAUUGAAGGACUUUCGAGCACAGAAAAGCCAGAUGGAGAGCUACAUCAAGGAGCUUAGUGACUGGUUACACACAGUGGAGUGCUCACUCUCUGCCUGUUCCAGCAGCCAGGAUCUCGACGACCUGAGGAAAGUGAAGGAACUGGACUUGGAGCUGGUCAACCAACAGGGCAGGAUUGACUCUGCUCGAGAGAACCUUAAUGGCCUCUGCCGAAAGUACCACUCCAUGGAGCUGGAGGGGAUGGGCAGCAGGGUCACUGGAUUGAUCAAGCAGUAUGAAGCUGUCAACCAGCUCUCCUGCAAAACACAAGGCAGGCUCCAGGAGGCACUGCAACAGCACUUCAAUGGCAUUUUGCAGGAGUUUCAGCUGUGGCUCGGUGAUGCCAGGACAUCGGUGAAGGACUGUAGUGACCAAGCUGGAGAUAUGCACACCAUUGGGGAGAAACUACAGGAACUGAAGGAAAUCCUAAGCAGAGUGAGCAUGGGACAGAGUAAACUGGAUGCGGCUGUGGCUGAAGGAGACAAACUGGUGCCGCACUUGCCCAAACCCAGCGCAUCCCAGCUUCAGCAACAGCUGGCCAACAGUCAACAGGAGUGGCAGGACUUCUUGAGUCAGUGCCAACAGAGUAAGAGGGCCUUGGAGGACUAUGUUGAAGAGCUGAACAGCUUUGAGAGCUGUCAGAAGAGGCUAAGUGUAUGGCUCCAGCAGGCAGAAGAAAGGCUGUCCAUAGAGUUUAUUGGAGAAAGCAAGAGGAACACCCCAGAGAUGCAAGUUGAGCUGGAGAAGAUGGAAGAUUUCUUCACCGAAAUCCAAGGACAAAGGGAUUCCUUUGAUAACUUGUGCCAGAAGGCUCAGGCCCUGAGUGAGUUGGGCUACGGCGAUGGAUGUGCGACCCGCUCAGCCUCUCAGCUGCUGUCCCGGCACCAGAACCUGGCCAAGACAGUGAAGGAGAAGCUGCGAGCUGGCCAGCUGGGUCUGCAAGAGCACCAGGCCUUUGAGGAAACCCUGCAGAACACCUGGUCCUGGCUCAGAGAGGUUCAAAGUAAACUUGCUGCUAUGGACAGCACUGUUGGCAGCAAGGCCACUCUGGAGAAAAAGCUGCUUCAGGUCCAGGAGAUCCUGCUGAUGAAAGGGGAAGGAGAGGUGAAGCUGAACAUGACUAUUGGCAAAGGAGAACAGUCCCUGAAGAGUAGUAACCAGGAGGGUCAAAAGGCCAUUCACGAUCAACUUCAGGCUCUCAAGGACACCUGGGCUGAGGUUGUCAGUACCUCCGUCAGCUGUUACAGCCGGUUGGAGUGGGUGCUGACACAGUGGAGUAGCUUCGUGGACAGCAAAAGGCAGCUGCAGGAGUGGCUGGAGAGCCUGGAGCAGGAAAUGAGCCAGAGCCUGGAGCAGCAGCCGGACCUGAAGGACAAGCUCUUACAGCUGGAGAGGCACCAGAGUGUCCUGGCUGACGUAGAGAAGCACUCGGCCGUGCUCGCUCGCUUGGUUGAGAAAGCCCAGGAGCUGCUGGAGAAAACCGGCGAUGCUGCUUUUACAGAAGAUGCACUACUGGAGAUCAGGGCCCAGUUUGCUGAUGUUGUUGUGGUCGCCAAGGGCAAAGUAAAGAAGCUGGAAGACAUGGUGCAAGACCAUCAGAGCUAUCACAACGCAGUACAGGAACUGUCCAACUGGCUGAACUUAGCGAAGGAAGAGCUACAUCGUUGGUCAGACGCAUCGGGAGACUCGAGCACCCUGCAGCGGAAACUGAAAAAAGUCACGGAGCUGAUCACUUCCAGACGCGAUGGCAGAGAGCGUUUAAACAAAGUGGCAGCUCUGGCUGCAGAGGUACGGCAGCACACAGCAGCCAGCGGACGUGAGGCAGUGGACAGGGAGCUGGAGACACUGCAGGCUGACUGGCAGCAGUGGGAAGAGAGCACUCUGCAAGCACAGAGCUGCCUGGAGACCAUGCUCAGCCAGACGACCAGCUCCGAGCAGGAGUUCGAGGCGCAGGUCGCUCAGCUGGACAGGGACCUGCAGAAAUUUGGUGCCAGUCUUGAGGCUUGUUCACACAGCCUGUCCCAGCUGAAAGACAAAACCACCGAUGAAGAAGUUGUGGAAUGUUGGCAGAAAGCAAAGGAAACAGAGGAAGCCCUGAAGGAGGCGGAAAAUGCCAGUGAAUCAUUGAAAACUCAACUAAAUGACCUCUGCAGGUUUUCCAAGGACUUGAGCUCACAUUCAGAUAAAGUUUCUUCUUUAAUCAAAGAGUACAAUAGCCUUUGUUUGCAGACAGCGAAGUACAGUCAAAGCAAGGAGAAGGCACUGGAGCAACGAUUCCGCGUGACCUUUCGAGAGUUUCAGCAGUGGAUGGUCAACACUAAGAUCACCACCUGCUUUGAUACGCCUCAGAAUGUUGAUGAAGCAACUGCAAUCAUCCAGAAACUGCAGAAUUUCCUGUCAGAAAGUGAGGCAUGUCAAGGCAAACUAAAUACCCUGAUUUCCAAAGGCGAGCUCCUGGCUAAGAUACUGAGCAAGGAGAAGGCGGAAGCAAUAAAGGCCAAGGUAGCCACUGCCAAAGAGGACUGGAAGAAUCUGCUGGCAAAUCUGCAUCAAAAGGAGGCAGCCUUACAGAACCUCCAGUCUCAGAUGAAGGAUUUCGAGGCUGGAGUUGGACCAGUGCAGGAGUGGCUGGUUGCCACAGAAGCGGCUGUGCAAGGGAGCAGUGCCCAGCUGCCCGACCUGUCAGCAAAGAAGAACGAACAGUUCAGAUUGCAGUCUGUCCUAGAGGAUAUAGCCUCCCGCGAGCCACAGCUAAACAAGCUGAAAGAGAAAGCUCAGCAACUCUGGGAAGAGCAAGCAUCUAACAAAAGCUUUAUGCACAGAGUGUCUCAGCUGUCCGCUUGGUAUUUAGCCUUGAGUAACUUAGCCAAGGAAAAGGCUUUAAGGGUUCAGCGGACUGUAACAGAACACCAGCAGUUCUCACAGGGCCUGAAGGAGCUGCAGGACUGGGUGGCCGAUGCCAGGCACAUGCUGGAAUCCUACUGUACCCCCACUGCUGAUAAAAGUAUGCUAGACAACCGGAUGGCAAAGGUUGAGGCUCUCCUUGCACUCAGACAGGAAAAGGAGAUUCAGCUGAAGAUGGUGCUGACCCGUGGGGAGUCUGUUCUGAGGAGUACUUCCCCUGAAGGUACAGCUGCUAUCUGCAAACAGAUGGAAGACCUGAAAGAUUCCUGGGACUCGCUUCUUUCUUUCUCCAUUCAAUGCAAAAGCCAAUUGGAAGCUGCUUUAUCUCAGUGGACUAGUUACCAGGAUGAUGUCCGGCAGUUCAUGAGCUGGAUGGAUCGGAUGGAGGGAGACCUGAAGGCUUCUGAAAGACAAUGCACAGAACUUAGGGACAAAGCCACAGGAUUAGGCAAAGCCAAGCUACUGUAUGAAGACACCCUGAGUCACAGCCAUCUGCUGGAAACCAUCCAGGCUAAAGGGGAAAGCAUGGCUCAGCAUUACGUGACACGUUUGGAACUGCAAGAGCUUCAGGAACGUUUUAACAAUCUGAGUGACAAGGCAAAGGAGGGCAUGAGGAGAGCGGAGGAAUUGGUUCAGCUUCACCAGGAGUACCAGCAGGGCCUGAAGGCGUUCGAGGAGUGGCUGGAGCAGGAGAAGGAAAAGCUCUGCUGUUGCUCGCACCUGGGCAAUGACGUCGCAAAUCUGGAAAAAACGCUUCGGGACCUCGAGGACUUGGAGAGGCAAUGCACUGAGGGCCAAGCUCUGAUGAACGCUGUGCUUAAGACACAGGAGAAGGUGACUCUCUCUGGCUCAAUGUAUAUGGAAGAUCGCAUUCUCGAAUCUGCUCAACGGGACUGGCAUCUCUACCAGCGAAGGCUCGGCGAGGCAAAGGAGAAGGUCGAUGGUACCCUGAACACGCUCAGUCGCCUGGAGAAGAUGUUCCAGGAGGUGGACACGUGGCUGUCCGACCUGGAGAGCAAAGUUGAUCUCCGGUCAGGUAGAAAGACUGACCGAAGCACUAAGGAAUCACAAUUGGUGCAGCUGCAGAAAUGGAAUGAAGAAAUCCUAACCCGGAAGGAUGAAGUGGAAGGGGUUGGAUUGCUUGCUCACCAAGUGCUGGAGGAGAGUCACAUCAACAGCAGUGUGGGAGGUCAAGCUACUCAGCUGGCUACCAGAUACCAGGGCAUUCUGCUGCAUGUGGUGGACCAGGCCAAGCUACUGAGGGAAGAAUUGCGAGCCUUGGAGGAAGCUGAUUCAGCAUUGAGCACCUACACGGACUGGCUCAGGGCUGCACAGAAGAACUUUAAAAAUCUGGCGGUGGCUUUGAAUGUGGUGGACAAAGUUGCCAUGGAAAGCAAGAUCAAAAAGUUUGAGACUCUGCAUAGUGACAUUGACACGGGGAACACUCUGCUCAAGAUGAUUCUGGAGAAGAGCGAGAAAGCCAUCGCGUGCCUGGAUGCUGCGGGAGCUCAGUGUCUCCGCCAGGCGAUGGACAGCCACAUUAGCCAACUGAAUGAGCUAACCUGCUCCAUCAGGCGAGAACGUGGAAACCUUGAGAAAUGUCUGUCCCUCACGAAGGAGUUCCUAGACAAGUACCAGAGCCAAACCAAGUGGCUGGUAGAGUAUCAGGCGAUCUUGCAGAUCCCGGUGGAACCAAAAGUGGAACUGUAUGAGAAGAAAGCCCAGCUGGCCAAAUACAAGGCCAUCCAGCAGACGAUUGUGUCUCACGAGCCGGGCAUAAGGUUGGUGAUCGAGAAAGGCGAGGCAGUCUUUGAGCUGAUUCACGACCCCAUCGUCAGUGACAACCUGAAGAAGCUGCUGUCCAACUAUCAGGAGCUGUGCUCCACGGUGACAGUCUGCAUGCAGAAUCUGGAAGAGAAACUGAGGGAGCAUGAGGAUUAUCACAGCAACCUGCAGGAGGUAGAAAAGUGGCUGCUACAGAUCUCCACUAGACUGGUGGCCCACGACACCACCCAGAGCACCAACCUGGAGAUGGCAACCCAGCACUUGGCGAGGCACAAGCCAAUCAUGGAAGAGAUAGCAGGUUUUGAACAUGCCUUAGCAAGCUUGAAAAGCAAAGGAGACAGCCUGAUCACCAACUGUGCUGAGGAGCUUCAAGGGAAGUUUAAGCACCAGGUCCAAGGUCACCUGCAGGGGAUCCGGGACAGCUACUCCGCCAUCUGUAGCACGGCUCAGAGGCUCUACCAGAGUCUGGAACGCGAGCUCCAGAAGCACGUCAGCCACCAGGACACGCUGCAGCAGUGCCAGACUUGGCUUCGCACUGUGCAGCACGAGCUGGAGGCCCACGCGCACCCAGCCGUCAGCCCCCGGAAAUCAUUCAAACAGGUGAAACACUACCGGGCUCUGCAGGAGCAGGCAAGCACGUACAUGGAACUUCUCUGCUCCCUGUGUGACCUAUCUGACAGCACGGUGAAGAAGGCCGCGGCAGACAUCCAACACACCAAACAAAUGAUUGAGCAGCACCUGGUUAGGUCGCAGGAGCUGGCCCUGGGUUGGGAGGAAAUAAAACGACACAAAGCAGAGCUCUCAGCUUACUUUCUGGACACUGAGCAGCAGCUCCAAAGUCUGAAGAGGAGAUCUGCGGAACUAGAGCUGAAGAUUGCUCAGAACUUGUUGGCUCAGGUGCAGGAGCUGGCCCAUCAACUCCAGUCCAAGCAGGCAAAUAUUACAGCGCUCACGGAGAAGAUCAGUAACCUGACAGAGGGCCUCGAGUCACCUGAACACUCGGAGAUUGCCCAGCUGACCAACCAGUGGUUGGAGCUCUGCCACCAGACCAACACCCUCCUCUCCAUGAGGGAGAAGGACCAGCAGAGGGCGAGGGAUUACCACGACCGAAUGAGCAUUGUAGAAUCGCUUCUGGACAAGUUCACUAAAGAAUGGGACGACUUAGGAAGAACCGAUGCGGAGAGCACAGCCGAACACCUGGAAGCACUGAAGAAGCUGGCGAGCGCCGUGCAGGCUCAGAGGUUUGUGCUGGAUGACCUGAAGGAGCAGAAGCAGAGAAUGAUGGACCGCCUGAACCCAGAAGACAAGGAGCUGAUCAAGGAACAGACCAGUCACCUGGAGAAGCAGUGGGCCCAGCUAGAGGGCCUGCUGGAACGGAAGAUUCAGGCCUCCGUGGCAACGCUGGAGGAGCUGAGCCAGUGCCAGUCCAAGCUGGAGGACCUGCUGGACUGGGCAGAGGCCCAGACCCGCCUCUUGGCUGAAGCUUUGAGGUGCAGCCCUCCGGCGGAGCUGGCUCAGACGCUGCUGCUGGACCACGCGGCCACCUGCGGCGAGCUGGAGACCCAGCAGCGGGCCCACGGGGCGGCUGUGGAGGAGGCCGAGAAGAUCCUUGCUCGCCUGGGCCUGGACGAGCGGCAGCAGCUGCAGCGGGCGCUGGGCGCGCUGCACGGGAAGAUGAGCUCCCUGAGCGAGGCCGUCAGCCAGAGGCGGCGGCUGCUGGGCCAGGCCCUGUCGGACCGCGCCCAGUUCCUCAUGGCUCUCAGCCCGGCCAUCGGCUGGAUCCAGCAGCACGAGCGAUUGGCAACGUCCCCAGGCCACGUGGCCCUCCUGCCCCUUGACGCCGGCAAGCAGGUGCGCGCCUGCAGGAAUGCGGGCAACAGCCUGAGGGAGUACCAACGCGAAGUGACGGCGCUGUGGGCCCGGGGCAGGGAGCUGGCGCGGGAGGCGACAGAGGAGGAGGCGGCGGAGAUAAUGGCCCAGCUGCAGAAACUGCAGAGCGCCUACGACGCGGCGCUGCAGAUUAGCAGCCAGAGGCUGCAGGAGCUGGAGAAGGUGCUGGCCUCCCGCAAGUACUUCAAGGCAGACCUGGACAAAGUGUGGAACUGGCUGAAGCAGGCCGACAUCGUGACGUUUCCGCAGGUCAGCCUGACGAGCAGCGACCUGGAGCUGUGCGCCCAGCUGAGCAAGUACCAGCAGCUGCUGGAGCAGUCGCCCGAGUACGAAAACCUCCUGCUGCUGGUGCAGAGGGCUGGCCGCGAGCUGUUGCCUUCGCUCAGCGAGGCUGACCACUCCUUCCUGGAUGAGAAGCUGAAUGCCAUGCCCAAGCACUUCAACUCCAUCGUGGUCCUGGCCAAGGAGAAGUCGGAAAAGAUCCAGGAGGCCAUGGCGGGCCGGAAGGAGUACGUCUCCCUGAUCGACUUAACCAGCAAGGCCCUGAGUGAACUGGAGGACCAGCUGGUUCAAAUGGGCAAAGCCAAGCUGAGGCUGUCCUCGAAGGAGGCAGCCUCUGCGCAGAGUGACUACCAAGCCCUUCUCGACGAGGUGGUGGGGCUCGGUAAGGCGAUGGACGAGCUCAACCAGAGGAAGGAGACCUUCCGGAGCUCUGGCCAGCCGUGGCAGCCCGACCAGAUGGCAAGCCUGGCCAGCCUUUACAGCCGGCUCCGACGGCAGGCGGAGCUGAAGGCGGCCCUGCUGGACGACACGGUGGCAGCUUACCAGGAGCACGAGGCCACGGCCCUGCAGCUGGAGACACAGCUCCGGGCCCUGCAAGAGGAUCUGGUGAGGACCAACGAGGAAACCCUCUCCAUCGAGGAAAAGCUGAAGAACUACCACGGGUUGGCCGGGUGUGUGCAGGCUGCCGGCUCCCUUUUGAAGAGGCUGAUUGAGCAAUUGGAACAGUUUUCCCCUGAGCUGGAGAGCGGAGCUCAGGAGGCGAGAAGUCAGCAGAUCCAGUCCUGGAGGGAGGACCUUCAGGCGGCCCAGGGCACGAUCAGCGGAAGGAUAAUGGAGUGCGAGGACAGGCUCAUUCAAAGGGUCGACUUCCAGACCGAAAUCCAGCACACCCUCGAGUGGCUGCGGAAGAUUAAGGGAGACCUCGGUGCUGCCACCAGUUUGGAUCUAAAACUGCAGAGCAUCCAGGAGGAGAUACGGAAGUCCCAGAUCCUGGAGGAGGAAGUGCAGUCAACCCUUCGGAUCAUGGCGGCAUUGAGCAGCAAAGAGAAAGCAAAGUACUCUGAGUCAAAGGAAUUGAUGCCUCCGCAGGUAGAGAACAACCUGAGCGAACUUUCCCAGCUGGAGGUGGAAGUCCAGGAGAUGCUGAGUACCAGGAAGAUGUCCCUAGACAAGGUACAAAACAUGGUUCUACAGAACCAGCAGGCCGUCCAGUCUGCCAGUGACUGGUUGGAGGAUGCCAAUGCACUCCUACAGCAGGAGACUGAUGGCUUGGACGUGGAGGCAUCGGAGGAGACGUUGAGGAGACAUACUGAAUUCUUCGCCACCGAGUCCACUUUUGCAAACCAGAUGGAGGUGUUGGACAAUUUGGUACCAGGCCUCCUGCCGUCAAUCAGUGCAGCAGGCAGAGAGCAGAUGGAGCAAAGCAUGGCGUCUUUGCGGCAAAGGAAAGCAGACAUUGAGCAAGCAGCUCGAGGCCAGGAGGUCAUGCUGCAGAGAUGUGUAGUGCAGUGGCAUGAUUACCAGGAAGCCAGGCAGCAGUUAAUUGCCAUGAUGAACCAGGCAGAAAAGACGUUGUCAGAAUUUUCCACAGCCAAAGCAGCAACAAGCCAUGAGAGUGAGGAAAAGCUCACUCAACAUAAGUCUCUGCUGUCUGUGGUGAACUCCUUCCACGAGAAGAUCACGGCCCUGGAGGACCAAGCCUCACAGCUUGAGAGCCUGGGCAACGAUGCUAGCAAGGCCGCCAUCAGCAGGUCGAUGGCCACCGUGUGGCAGCGCUGGACACGACUGCGAAGUGUGGCCCGGGAACAGGAAUUGAUGCUGGAAGAAGCUGCACAAGGCUGGAAGAACCUCACUGACAAGAUCGAGACGACCACCGUCGUGGUGGACCAGCUGCAGGAUCGACUCCCCGACAGUUCGGUUGAGAAGGCGAGGAAGACUGAACUACUCGAGCUCCUGGAGUACCACGACGCUUUUGCACAGGAAGUGGAACGGGAGCAGUCCACUCUAACCGUGCUCCGGCAACAAGCACUCAACAUGCUGCGGGAUGUGGCUUUGCCUUCCACUACUGUCGAGGACCUACCCGUAAUGCACGAGAUCAAAGCCAUGCAGGACAGAUAUGACAACGUCCGACAAAAGAUAAGGAAAAGCAAGAAAAUGGUCCAACAGGAACUUAAAGAGCGGGAGGAAGUGGAGAGCGAAUUAAAUGCCAUCAAGCAGUGGCUGCAAGAGACUAAAGAGUAUCUGCGGAACCCAACCUCUGAUGCUGUUACAGAGCUGCAGGAAUUGAAGGAACUGCAUGGUGAGGUAGCUGCUCGACACCAGACGGUGGAACGGCUGGGAGAUAGACAGCGAGACAAGUACCUGGAGUUGUACACCAUCCUGCCCUCUGAGCUCUCCGAACAACUGGCUGAGGUCAGACUAGCCCUUGGAGCCAUUGAGGAACAGGUGAAUGCAAAAGAAGGGGAGGCUGAACAAGUGCGGGCAGCGACGCUGGACUUCAACUGCAGAAUGCAACAGAUCUCCGAUGGACUGCAAGACAUUUCCAGGAAAAUGAAAGAGAAAGGCACUGAUAUCGUACAAGCCAAAAUAGAGCAGAAGAAACUUUGUGACAAGCUUGACAGCUGCAAUGUGAAGCUUGUGGAACUGGAUGCCACAAUCCAGGAUUUCACUGAGCAGAACCCUCAGCAGAGCAAGCGACUGACAGAUGAUAUGACAAAACUGACCAGCCUGUAUCAGCAGGUCUUUCGUGAGACCGAAUACAGAGCCUCCAAACUCAACAAGGCUGCUUCCCAACUGGAGGAAUUCCAUGAGAUGUUGGACUUUGUACUGAAGUGGGUGGAGAAAGCGAAGAACCUGAGCCACAGUGACAUCAUCUGGGAAUCCGCAGCCCAGCUCAACGACCAGCUGAUGUCCCACCAGGCAACUCUGCGCGAGUCGGAGGAAAUCCAGAGCGACCUGCAGGCCAUGGGUGAGAAGUUGGACAGCAUCAGUGAUGUGUAUCAGACGGCAGCCCUGUCUCAGCAAGUGAGCGAUCUCCGCCAACAGACCGAGGAGCUCCAGCAACUUCUGCGAACUCGGCUGCAAAGCCUGCAAGAUGCAGCCAAGGAUAUGGAACAGUUUGAGACAGAGGUGAAGGGACUGCAAGCAAUGGUGAAGCAGGCACAAGUGACUUUGACCUCUCCUGAGCUCGCUCGCCUGUGUCUUAAGGAGCAACUUUUCCAAAGACAGAGGUUGCUGGCUGACAUGGAGGGAUUCAAGCAGAAGGUGCAGGCUGUGCAGAGACAUCAGGCUGCCCUGCGAAUUCCAGAAGAAACAGUCACCAAUCUGCCCAUCUGCCAGACUGCGCUGAAGCUGCAGGAGGAAGCCAGUCGUCUGCAACACACUGCCAUCCAGCAGUGCAACAUCCUACAGGAGGCAGUAAUUCAAUACGAGCAGUAUGAACAGGAGAUGAGGCACCUCCAACAGCUGAUUGAGAGGGCGUACCGCGAGAUCCAGGAAAGGCCUGUGUCUACCAGCAACAUUCAGCAGCUGCAGGCCCAGAUCUCCAGGCAUGAGGACUUCGCGCAGAAAAUCAAAGGCUACCAGGAGCAGAUAGCGGCACUCAACACCAAGUGCAAGAUGUUAACCAUGAAGGCGAAGCACACCACCAUGCUGCUGACGGUCACCGAGGUGGAGGGGCUGGAAGAGCUGGAUGGGGAGCCCCUGCCGGCACACUCGGCCCACCCUUCCGUUGUCAUGAUGACAGCCGGGCGCUGUCACACCCUCCUCUCACCUGUCACAGAGGAGUCUGGGGAAGAGGGGACCAACAGCGAGCUUUCCUCUCCGACAGCUUGUCGCUCUCCCUCACCUGUGGCUAAUGCUGAUGUGUCUGUUAACCAGGAUAGUGCUUAUUACACAACGUUGUCUGCAGAAGAUUUGCAGACAGCAGCCCCCGAUGUUGCGGUCUUGAACAGUGCUGCAUCUCUGCAGGAACCCACCGAGGCUGCACUGGGAGACCAGGCUUCUUCCAAGCUCGAUGACCUUCAACGAUCCUGGGAAACGCUGAAGAAUGUGAUCAGUGAGAAGCAGCGUACCCUGUACGAGGCCCUUGAACGGCAGCAGAAGUAUCAGGACUCAGUGCAGUCAGUGUCGACCAAGAUGGAGCUGAUCGAGGGAAAGCUCGGUGAGGCGCUCGAUACAGGCAAGAGUCAUGACCUCCAGAUGGCGGCACACCAGGGGCUGAUGGAGGAGAUCGUGACGCUUCAGGAUGAGAUCAACGAGCUGCAGAUUUGCUUCGCGGAAGAGCUGGUAUCGGACACAGUGGAUGCUGACACUGCUGACCAACUAGCCAUGCAGUCCACACUGACUGUCCUGGCGGAGCGCAUGGCCACCAUCAGGAUGAAAGCCUUGGGAAAGAAACAACUUCUGGAGGAGAGGUUGAAUGACCAGGUGGAAGAACAGCGGCAGAUACAAGCCCUUCAAACAUAUCACGGUGAGGCCGAUGAGCUGAACGGCUGGCUGCUGACCACAAAGGCCGCUUUGAACUCUGCACUGGAAGUCUCUGGAGAGCAGAUGGACAUGGAGGAGCAACUUAUUGACUGUCAGAACAUCCUGAUGGAGAUUGAGCGUAAAGUGGCCUCUGUUUCCGAGCUCUCAGUGAACAGCGAGAAUCUGCUCCUGGAAGGGAAGCCCCAGACCCGAGAGCAAGCUGAGCAUCUGACUGAGAAACUCCAGAAUCUGAAGGGAAGCUUGGUGGAGUUGCAGAAGAUGUUGCAGGACAGAAGGAUCAGUAUCAAAGAUGGUGUGGUGCAGGAGAGGGAGAACAUGGAAGCAGACUCUCCAUUCCACGCAAGUCCUAAUUUCCAAGACUGGCUGGUCCAGGCUCGGGCCACACGCUACCAAAACCAGCAGAACAGUCUCCAGAGACAGAAGGAGCUGGAACAGCAGCUAGCAGAGCAGAAGAAUCUGCUGCGGUCAGUCGCGAGCAGUGGAGAGAAGAUCCUGACGCAGCAGACCAGUGUGGAAGUUCUGAGUGAGGAGCAGAGGUCACAGGCCAGUGAGACUGCUCAGCUUGAACCGUUAUCGCAGGAGCUUGGUUUUGACGGAGAGAAGGCAUUUAUGUUGCAGCAGUUGAGAAUGAAAUGGCAGAAUCUCCAAAAGGAAAUCAGCAAUAAACAGAAGAUGUUCAAAAAUGCACUGGAGCACCAGCAGGUCUACGGUUUGGCCAGUGGAGUAUCGAGUGGUAUGGCUUUAUUUAAAGGGGAAUCUCAGACUUUGGAGAAAUCCCUGCAGGCAGCCAAAUCUCUCUUGACUGACCUGAGUGAAGCUUUCAGAGAUAUUCCUACGCAGGGUAAAGAUACUGAGGAACAGAGCCUGUCCCUGGAGCAAAAGUUGUUUGAUGGUGUGUCCGCUGCCUGCCACUGGCUAGACUGUGUUGAAGAUCACAUAUUUGUCAAUGUGAAUUUUGUUCUGGAAAAACUAGAAGCGCACUUGAAUCACGAAGAGGGCCUUGCGACAGAUAUUGAGGAUGUGAUUGAAGAAGUAAACGGGAAGAAGGAUGAGUUCUUCCAUGUUCUUCCUGAGACUAAAAAGAACCAGGAUGUUAUUGAGGAAACGACGAGGUGCCUGCAGGAAAGACUCUGCAUGUUGGGAUUAACCCUGAAGCAGCGGUGUGAGAAGAUCAGAGACAGACUGCAGCAGCUGAUGGAGUACCAGACUGAGUUGAAGCUGCUGGUCACCUCCAUGGCUGACAGUAAAUAUGUGGUUCUACAGAAGCUGACGGAGGCUAUGGAGCAUCCUGUUACUGAGCAACUGCAGGCUGUUUUGCAAGCAGAAGAUGAUGUAAGGGAAUUUGAGAUGCGAAUCAGCCGCUUAAAAGAGCAAUUGGAGGAACUGCAGCCAGAUCCCACAAAACUGCUGGAUCUUUCUAAAGUGCAGGAUAUGUAUGAAGAGUUGACAACGAUCAUUGGCUCCAGGCGCAGUUCUCUGAACCAGAACUUGGCACUGAGGGGCCAGUACGAACAAGCCCUGCAGGAUCUGGCCGACUUGACUGACACUGGCCAGGAGAAGAUGGCCCUGGACCAGAGGAUCCUGGUCACCUCCAGAGAAGAUGUCAAGAACCUACUGGAUAAACACAAGGAAUUUUUCCAGGGGCUCGAGUAUCACAGGAUCCUGACAGAAACACUUUAUAAAAAGGUAAGCAGCUGCCUCCAUCAAAAAGAAGCCAGCUGCCAGGAAGAAUUGAUGAGCAAAUCCUCGGUCUUGCUGAAAGAUGCCCACAAGAGAGGCGUGGAAAUGGAGGGUAUUUUGGAGACCUGGACCAAGCUGACAAAGGAUUAUGAGGCCUUGUACAAGCAACUGGAAGGCGUGGAGAACAGCAUCCCUGGAGCUGGACUGGUAGAGGAAUCGGAAGAGCGGCUUACGGAGCGGAUUGCUCUUUAUCAGCGGUUAAAAGGCAUCCUGACUGAGCAUCAGCCACAGUUGCAGCAAGUACUGGAGGAUGGGAAGAAGCUCCUGGUGUCCAUCAGCUGUGCAGACCUGGAGGUUCAGAUAUCCCAGCUGAAUGAACAUUGGCUAUCCAGUACCGCUCGAGUGAGCCGGGAGCUACAUCGGCUUGAAUCAGUCCUCAAGCACUGGAACAGGUACCAGAGUGAAUUUGCUGAAUUGAAUCAGUGGCUCCAAUCUGCAAUGGAGCGCCUGGAGUUCUGGAAACUGCAGUCAGUGACCCUCCCACAAGAAUUGGAUGCGAUCAGGGACCAUCUUAGCUCAUUCCUGGAAUUUUCGAAGGAGGUUGAUACCAAGUCGUCUCUCAAGUCCUCAGUAAUGAGCAGAGGAAAUCAGCUUUUGCGCCUUAAGAAGGUGGACACAGCAGCCUUGCGAUCUGGGCUGGCCCAGACUGACAGUCAGUGGGCAGAACUCCUCACUCAAAUCCCACUGGUUCAGGAAAAAUUGCAUCAGCUUCAGAUGGAGAAGUUACCUUCACGCACAGCCAUCAAUGAGCUCAUGAACUGGAUCACCAUGAUGGAUCAAAUUAUUGAAGAGGAUAGCGAGAAGAUCAAAAGUGCCGUGGGUUCCCAGGUGAUAGAACAAUACCUCAGCAAGUACAAGGCUUUCAGGAUCGACCUGACCUGUAAGCAGCUGACUGUGGACUUCGUGAAUCAGUCAGUGCUGCAAAUCAGCAGUCAUGACGUGGAGAGCAAGCGCAGUGACAAAACAGAUUUUGCUGAGCGCCUGGGAGUAAUGAACAGGAGGUGGCAAUUGCUGCAAGGGCUCAUCACCGAGCAGAUUAGGUCGUUAGAAGGCUCACUGGAGUCGUGGACAGAUUUUGAGAAGAAUGUUCAAUGUUUGAAAACUUGGUUUGAAGCUCAGGAAGAAAAAGUAGAGAAGUGGCGUUCGAUUGGUGACCUUGCAUUUGUACAUACUGCUUUGAAAGAAUGCCAGGAACUGGAAAAUAUGGUCCGAAUGAAAGAGAAGGAAGUGGAGAAGGUUGAGCAAAGUGGUCUGCUCCUAAUCCAGAACAAGAAUGAUGAGGUCUCCAGCAGUGUUAUGGAUACACUGCAAGAGCUCAAUCAUUCCUGGGCUCACCUGGAUCGCCAGGUUGGCGAACUGAAAAUUGCGCUGCAGUCAAUGCUGGACCAGUGGGUUGUUUACAGGGCAGCCCAUGAAGAGAUUAACAGGCAAUUGAUGGAGGCCAGCUACUCCCUGUCUCGUUUCCGUUUGCUAACUGGCUCUCUGGAAGCUGUGCAGAUCCAGGUGGACAAUCUACAGAACCUGCAAGAGGAGCUGGAGAAGUCAGAGGGCAGCCUGGAGAAGUUCGGCUCUGCCACCAAGCAGCUGCUAAAAGAGUGUUCAUCAUCUAUUCACAGCUUUUUGAAUACCAGUCUGAAUGAAGUUAAUGCCAGCUGGAAUAAUUUGCUUCAGGACAUCGUGGAGCAACUAUACACGAGGAAGGUUCUGCUGCAGCUCUGGCAGAAGUACAGGAACUGCUCUGGGCAGUAUUCAGUGACCCUGCGGGAGCAGGAGGAGAAGAGCACUGAGCUGAUUAAAAAAGCUGCAAAUAGGGAUGUUGCCGAUGAGGAGGUCACAAAGUGGAUCCAAGACUCUGACGAGCUGCUGGUGGAGCUGGGAACACUGAGAGAUUCCCUCCACGUUCUCACGGAGCUCGGAGAGGAGUUGAGACAGCAGGUGGACCCUUCAGCGGCAGCCACUGUUCAGUCUGAACGGCUGUCCCUAGCCCAGCGAUUGUCUUCUCUGGAACAGGCACUCAGCCGACAGAGGGCUGUGCUCCAGGCUGGCAUUCAAGAUUAUGAAGCAUUCAGCACGAGACUGGAAGCCUUGGAGAAGUGGAUUGUCGAAGCUGACGAGGUGCUGAAGUUGCAGGAUCCCAAUCGAUCAUCUGACCUAACCACAAUCCAGGACAGAAUGGAGGAGCUGAAAGUCCAGAUGCUGAGAUUCAGUAGUACAGUUCCUGACUUGGAUCGUCUGAAUGAGUUGGGGUACAGGUUACCCCUCAACGACAAGGAGAUUAAGCGUAUGCAGACUUUGAACAGAUACUGGUCUUCGAUAUCUGGGCAGACCACCGAAAGGUUCAGUAAAUUGCAGGCAUUCCUGCUUCAGCAUCAGACCUUCCUCGAGAAGUGCGAAACCUGGAUGGAGUUCCUGGUUCACACGGAGCAGAAGCUGGCAGUGGAGAUAUCUGGAAACUACCAGAAUCUUCUCGAGCAGCAGAGAGCACACGAGCUGUUCCAAGCGGAGAUGUUCAGCCGUCAGCAGAUCCUGCAUUCCAUCAUCAGCGAUGGUCAGCGUCUUCUGGAGCAGGGUCAGAUCGACGACAGGGACGAGUUCAACUCGAAGCUGGCCAUGUUGAGUAACCAGUGGCAAGGCGUGAUCCGGCGUGCCCAGCAGCGGAGGGGGAUCAUCGACAGUCAGAUCCGGCAGUGGCAGCGGUACCAGGAGAUGGCAGAGAAGCUGAGGAAGUGGUUGGUGGAUGUGUCCCAGCAGCUGGAGCAGAGGUGGGGUGGUGCUACCCCCAUUGCCCUGCAACAGGCCAGGACUCUACUCCACGAGGUGCAGUUGAAAGAGAAGAUUCUGCAGCGGCAACAGGGGAGCUACAUCCUGACAGUGGAGGCUGGCAAGCAACUCCUGCUCUCGGCGGACAGUGGCGCAGAGGCAGCCCUACAGGCUGAGCUCACCAACAUCCAGGAGCAAUGGAGGGCAGCCAACAUCACUCUGGACGACCAGAGGAAGCAGUUGAGCAUCUUGUUACGGGACUGGGAGAGAUGCGAGAAGGGGAUCGCCGAGUCUCUGGACAAGCUGAGGUCUCUCAAGAAAAAGCUUUCCCAGCCCCUGCCUGACCGUCACGAUGAGCUGCACGCCGAACAGAUCAGAUGCAUGGAACUGGAAAGCUCCUUUGGAGGGUGGACUGAUGACCUCGCCCAUCUCACGUUUCUGAAGGAGUCGUUGUCCAGCUACAUUCAUGCUGACGAUUUGUCAAUCCUGCAGGAGCGGAUUGAGCUGUUGCAGAGGCAGUGGGAUGAGCUGUGCUACCAGGUCUUGUCCCGCAGACAGCUGGUAACAGAGAAGCUGAAUGAGUGGGCACUGUUCAAUGAGAAAAACAAGGAACUGUGUGAGUGGUUGACCCAGAUGGAGAGCAAAGUCUCACAGAAUGGGGACAUCAGCAUCGAGGAGAUGAUUGAAAAGCUGCAGAAGGAUUAUCAGGAGGAAAUCACUGCAGCAGCGGAGAACAAGGUGCAGCUUCAACAGCUGGGCCAGAGACUGGUCCAAGCAAGUCAUGAAAGCAAGGCAUCGGAAAUAGAAUACAAACUGGGCAAGAUUGAUGAUCGAUGGCAACAUCUGCUGGAUCUCAUUGGUGCCAGGGUGAAGAAGCUGAAGGAGACAUUGGUGGCCGUGCAGCAGCUGGACAAGAACAUGAGUAGUUUACGAUCAUGGCUUGCCCAAAUCGAGACUGAGCUGUCAAGACCAAUCGUCUACGAGUCGUGUGAUUCUCAAGAAAUACAGCAGAAGCUCUCAGAGCAGCAGGAGCUGCAGCGAGACAUUGAGAAGCACAGCACGGGUGUGGCCUCUGUUCUCAACCUCUGCGAGGUUCUGCUGCACGACUGCGAUGCCUGUGCCACGGAGACAGAGUGCGACUCAAUUCAGCAGGCUACGCGCAACCUGGACCGCAGGUGGAGGAACAUCUGCGCCAUGUCCAUGGAACGGAGGCUCAAGAUUGAAGAGACCUGGAGGUUGUGGCAGAAGUUCCUGGACGAUUAUUCUCGCUUUGAAGAUUGGCUCGAAACUUCAGAGCGUACAGCAGCCAUGCCAAAUUCCUCAGAGGUUCUGUACACGGUGGCCAAAGAGGAGCUCAAGAAAUUUGAGGCGUUCCAGCGUCAGGUCCACGAGAGCCUAACCCAGCUCGAGCUGAUCAACAAACAAUACCGUCGCUUAGCUCGUGAGAACCGCACGGACUCUGGCUGCAGACUCAAACAGAUGGUGCACGAGGGCAACCAGCGAUGGGACAACCUACAGCGGAGGGUCACAGCGAUCCUCAGGAGAUUAAAACACUUUAUUGGUCAGCGAGAGGAGUUCGAAACGGUGCGUGAGAGUAUACUGGUCUGGCUGACUGAGAUGGACCUGCAGCUGACAAACAUCGAACACUUCUCUGAAUGUGAUGUACAGGCCAAAAUCAAGCAGCUGAAAGCCUUCCAGCAGGAAAUAGCACUCAACAAACCCAAAAUUGACAGCCUCUUCCAUCAUGGAGAGCAGCUCAUCGAGAAGAGUGAGCCCAUGGAUGCGGCAGUAAUCGAGGAAGAGCUGGAGGAGCUUCGGCGCUAUUGUCAGGAGGUCUUUGGGCGAGUGGAGCGAUACUACAAGAAGCUGAUGCAGCUGCCACUGACAGAUGACGAGCACGACGUGUCCGACCGAGAGGUGGAGUUGGACCACGCCGGCGAGUACAGCAGCCCGCAUUGGUUUGACAGAAGUACAGACGACACCGUACCCACUCCACUUUCUCUGAGCCAGGGUAUGACUGCACAGCAGCCCAAGGACACACGGUCAGGCUGCGACACCCCAGCCAGCGUGGACUCCAUUCCCUUGGAGUGGGACCAUGAUUAUGACCUGAGUCGGAACCUGGAGAGCGCUGUGUCGCAAGCAUUGGAGGGUAGGGAGGAGGAUGUGGAAGACCAGGAUAGUGACUUCUACCUCAAAGGGGCAGCUGAACUCGCAGAUGUAGUGAUUCCUGAAAGCCCAGAAGCCUAUCUAAAACUGACUGAAAAUACUUUGAGAUCCACUGCAGGGGAGCAUGGACACUUGGAAACACAGAUCCGCCAGCUGGACAAAGCCCUGGACAAGAGUCGAUACCACCUGCAGCAGACAGAGAAUGUCAUCCGCAGCAAAACGCCCACGGGUCCCGAGCUGGACUCCAGCUACUGGGGCUACAUGAAACUCUUGUCGGAAUGCCGUGGUAGUAUUGAGACGGUGAAAAGGGUAGGAAACAAACUCAAGGAGGAGGAAGACAAGCUGUCUGGCUUCAUUAACCUAACGAGUACAGAGACACAGACUUCUGGGGUGAUUGAGCGCUGGGAGCUGAUCCAAGCCCAGGCUCUUAACAAGGAGCUGAGAAUGAAGCAGAACCUCCAGCAGUGGCAGCAGUUCAAUUCUGACCUCGUCAGCAUCUGGGAAUGGCUGGCAGAGACCGAGGAAGAGCUCGAGCACCUCAGCAGGCUGGACAACAGCACAGACAUUCAGACCAUCGAGCUGAGGAUCAAGAAGCUCAAAGAGCUACAAAAGGCGGUUGAUAAUCGGAAGGCUAUCAUCUUGUCCAUAAACCUGUGCAGUGGCGAGUUCACGCAGUCGGAUACCAGUGACACGCAGGAGCUCCGGGAACGUUUGAGCCAAAUGAACAAGCGGUGGGAUGGAGUUGGCAGCCUGCUGGAGGCCUGGCGUCGCACCCUCCAGGACGCCCUCAUGCAGUGCCACGACUUCCAUGAAAUGAGCCACGGCCUGCUGCUCUGGCUGGAGAAUAUAGACAGAAGGCGGAACGAGAUCCUCCCCAUUGACCCUAAUCUGGAUGAGGACACCCUCCAGGACCAUCACAAGACCCUAAUGCAAAUCAGACGGGAGCUGCUGGAGUCCCAGCUGAAAGUGGCGUCCCUCCAGGACAUGUCCAGCCAGUUGCUGGUUAAUGCCGAAGGCAGCGACUGUCUCGAAGCAAAGGAGAAGGUUCAUGUCAUCGGCAAUCGCCUCAAGCUGCUCCUAAAAGAGGUCACCCAAGACCUGAAGGAACUGGAGAGACUCUUGGAGAACUGUGGAAGUCAAGUGGACCUGGUGUCGUGGUCUUCAGCGGAUGAUUUGGACACCUCCGGCUCCGUCAGCCCAGUGUCCGGUGCAACCUUUCCCGUUCGAUCCAGACCGCCACGGGGCAAAUGUAGCCUCUCCCAGCCCGGAGCUUCUGUCAGCAGCCCACACAUCAGGUCCAGCACAAGAAGCCUAGGAGGUUCUUCCCGUUCUGAGGAGCAGGCAGCCCAGAAGAGCUCGUCCUUCUUGCUGCGAGUGCUCAGAGCGGCUUUGCCUCUCCAGCUGCUGUUGCUGCUGCUAAUUGCACUGGCCUGCCUGGUGCCAAUGAACGAAGAGGACUACAGCUGUGCCAUGUCCAAUAACUUUGCCCGCUCCUUCCACCCCAUGCUGAGGUACACCAAUGGCCCUCCUCCGAUAUGAUUUGUAGGAGACUGAGAGAGAAGCGCAUCAUGCAGAGGAGGAUCCCCACCCCCCCACCCCCCGAGGAAGAGGGGGAGAUGCACACAGCUCUGACUUGGCCAUUAGCUGGUCUGCUCAUGGCCCUCCGAAACCUCUCGGGGCGGCUGCAGCCAACUUGCAUUGAGUAGGGCACAAGAAGGACACACCCAGUUACCCGUCCCCAGAUUCAGUGAGAAGUGUAACGUAAUCUUUGAAUAGCUUUUUUCAAUGUUCUUUCUGAAAGAAAACUGCUUUAGGAAUGGCUAUACAAAGAAUUGUUCAGAUCAACCCUUUACAUGAUGAAAAUCUAUAAGGGACUAAGCAGAGCGGAGGUACAAAUAAAACUACUUCUGAUAAUUAUUGGAUGUAAACUAAAAAUGAAGAAAAUAUUUAUGUACAGUUUGCUAAAGCUAUUAUUCUUUGUGUUAUAACCAUGCUGUGAUUUACAUGUGUGCUACUUGUAAUUUCUUUCCAAAGCGCCCACAGACAGAAUAUUAGGUUUUGCUGGGGCACAGAUGUAAACAUAACGUACAAAUAUAAAUAUAAAACUCGCCAGGAAUGCCCGUCUCUUGCUCUGCGCAGCUGGUGUGACUCGCGUGUGAAGCAAUCCCAGCAUGGAUCAGGAGUAGAUUGAACCUCUUUAUUCAUGAGGGCUUUCAGCAUCCCACCUUUUUAUGUUCUUGUCUGAUAGUGGCAUGCUCAGAUAAUGGUAAAUCUCGGUGCAUUUUUCUAUACCAGGGCAGCCUUGCCUACCAAGAAGUAAUAAAAUGAAAGCUGGUUCUUUUGGUGUACAGUGGAAAACUGGGUUGCUAAUUAAAGACCUACUUCUUUCA